UUCACUACGCGUCCCCAGAACCCCCACCCACCACCCUCUUCCGGGCUCUUCGUUUCCGCUUCCGGUUGGUUCCCUUCCCGAGCCGACCCGACCCGGGAGGCUCUCCCUCCAGAUCGAGGCAGGCGAGGCUGCCCUAGCUAGGAUCCCGCCUCGCGCAGCCAUGGCCGAGGACGCGGACGCGUCCCCUCCCCCCACCGGCGGCGGCGGCGGCGACCGCAAGCGCCGCCACGCCUCGCCCGUGCUCCCGCCGCCGCCCCCCGGGCCGCCGCCGCCGGGGCCGCACAAGAGGCAUCGGAGGGAGGAGGGCGGUGGCGGCGGGUUCGACCGGCGCCGGCUCGGGCCAGUCGGCGGAGGAGGGCACGACCAGGACGACAGGAGGUAUGGAAACGGUCAUGGUGGCAUAGGAGGAAGAGGUGGUGAUGGUCGAUAUGUGAAUCGUGCACCAGAUUGGUCGGAUUCUGGACGUGGUGGGUGGAAUGAAGGCCCUGGGAACGGUCGUAGGGAAGGUCUGAUGUCAUACAAGCAGUUCAUUCAGGAGCUCGAGGAUGAUGUUUCACCAGUUGAAGCUCAAAGCAGAUACGAGGAGUACAAGUCAGAGUACAUCACAACUCAGAAGAAAGCAUACUUUGACCUCCAUAAGGAUGAAGAUUGGUUAAGAAACAAGUACCAUCCUACAAACCUUGAAGUUGUCAUAGAAAGAAGGAAUGAACUGGCAAGAACUACUGCAAAUGAAUUCUUCCAUGAUUUACCGAGUGGAAGUCUGGACACUGGCCCAGGGUUAACAGGUUCGGCAGCAAGCAAAUCGGGAAAUAAUAGUAGUAAAAAUCUUGUGGACUCAUCAGAUGGUAAAAAAGGGAAACAUGGAAAUGGCCCUGAGGAUUUAUACUAUGCUGCUCCCAAGGCUCACCCAGUUAGUUCCGAGGCUCGGCGAAUCCGAAUUGACAUUGAGCAAGCUCAAGCUCUCAUUUGUAAACUUGAUUCUGAGAAGGGUAUUGAGAACAAUGUUCUCUCAAGUAGUGACCAUGACAAGCCAGACAGGGAUAAGUCACACGGUUCAGUGGGGCCAAUUGUUAUAAUACGGGGAUCAUCUACUGUGAAGGGUCUUGAAGGUGCUGAGUUGCUGGACACUCUUGUUACUUAUUUAUGGCGUAUUCAUGGUGUGGAUUAUUAUGGUAUGUCUGAGACAAACGAGCCUAAAGGCCUUAGGCAUGUGAAAGCUGAUGCGAGGACAUAUAAUGGGGCUAGCUCAAAUGCAACUGAAUGGGAGAAUAAACUUGAUUCAUUCUGGCAAGACAGGAUUCAAGGUCAGGAUCCGUUAGAAAUACUGAAAGCAAAGGAGAAGAUUGAUGCAGCUGCUACUGAAGUCUUGGAUCCAUAUGUGAGGAAAAUAAGGGAUGAGAAGUAUGGGUGGAAGUAUGGUUGUGGAGCCAAGGGUUGCACUAAGCUUUUCCAUGCUGCUGAGUUUGUCCAGAAGCAUCUUAAACUCAAGCAUCCAGAUGUGGUAGUUGAGCUAACUUCGAAAGUGAGAGAUGAUAUAUACUUUGAGAACUAUAUGAAUGAUCCAAAGGCGCCUGGUGGAACACCUCUCAUGCAGCAACCUGCUCCAAGGGGAAAAGGCAGGCAAAGGCCACCAAUAGAGAGUCGGCUGAGAGAUGAGCGUGGGAAUCGUAGGUUUGACGGAAAUGUUGAUUCACCACCACGUGAUGGGUCUGGUGAAAACCCUGAGGAUGCUAUAUAUGAUUCAUUUGGUGAUCCAAUUAUGCAUGGUGCCUUCCCUCCAGAUAUUCCUGCUCCCCCGAUUCUAAUGCCUGUGCCUGGUGCUGGUCCCCUAGGACCAUUUAUUCCUGCACCCCCGGAAGUUGCCAUGCAUAUGUUGAGGGAUCAGGGUGGGCCACCACCUUUUGAGCCAGCUGGAGGUCCACAUCCUAGGAAAGCAGGAAGGGGUGGUGGCCCCCCAAUGCAUGGUCCAUCCCCGAUCUUCAGCGCUCCGCCGCCUCCUCAUAUGCAUGAUCCUCGAAGAAUACGAAGCUACCAAGACCUUGAUGCUCCUGAAGACGAAGUGACUGUCAUGGACUACCGAAGCUUGUAGGACUUCCCCGCUCCAUGUGCCUCCUGAUACUUGUAGGUAACAUUACAGCGGGGCAACUCCUCGCCAUCUAGAAUUACUGCGGAGGAACCCUAGUAGGCAUUUUGUGUCUCGACUCUGUCUCUUCUCAGUGUCUGUAAAAUGAAACAGAGGAAUUGGCCAUGAAACAAGGAACCACCUCAUCAUUUCAGUGCUACCUGCAACUUUGUACAAUGUCUACGAUGCGAAAGAUGUUCAUUUUAUGUUCUCGUAGGUGCCAA